CCUAGAUGAGGCCGCACGAUGCUACAGCAGUGCCUCGAUUUUUAACACUGGCUGAUUUUCUCCCGCUCUUCGCAUUUCCUCCCAAGCCCUAGCUUUCUCUGUAACUUCUUCCCAAAAUGAAGCUGGUCAGGUUCUUGAUGAAAUUGAACAACGAGACGGUCUCGAUUGAGCUAAAAAAUGGGACGGUUGUUCACGGGACCAUCACAGGUGUGGAUAUCAGUAUGAACACACAUCUGAAAACUGUGAAGCUAACGCUAAAGGGGAAGAAUCCAGUGACUCUGGAUCACCUUAGUGUGAGGGGUAACAAUAUUAGGUAUUACAUCCUCCCUGAUAGCUUGAACCUUGAGACUUUGCUGGUGGAAGAGACACCAAGGGUCAAACCCAAGAAGCCAACUGCUGCAGGGAGGCCAUUGGGGCGUGGCAGGGGUCGUGGACGUGGGCGUGGCCGUGGUCGAGGUCGUUAGCCAUGUUGCAUCGGUUUCAAAUUUUUGUAACAGCUGGUUAUGUAAACAUCUUUGCUGUAGGGAGAGUUUGAUUAUUGUUAGUAAGAGAAAUAGUACUGAUGUUCACCUUUUUAUGUAUUUGAUGAGAGAGACAGAAUCAUGAAUUUGAAGAUACUUUGUUAAUGGGAUAGAGAAUGAGUGUCUUGAGUGGCAAGUUGAUAUAUUUACUUGUAAACUGAGACUGUAUUAAUGAUGGUGUUGCCCCAUAUCAGACAUAUUUUUGUCUUGUCUAA